GGUACGGUCGCAACACGGCAUUCGCCACGGUCGUCGUCGUCCUCACCGUCCAUUGCUAGUCCUGUGCUGCGUGCAAAGGGGCUACUACCCCGGGUCGGGUCUGGCCGCUACUUCCUUCUGCUCUUGUGUCUUGUGAUGAAUCGUUACGGUGUAGUCCUGGGCUGUUCGUCCACCAGAAGCAGUGCAAGCUGAGUGGUGUACCGUCGGAAUCUUUGACACGUUCGGCGACACCGAACACCCCUUGGGAGUGUUUGAUCUGGGGUGACAAAUUAAGUCUAGUGCCGCGAGUGAAGUUUGGCGCCAAGGGGCCGGUGUCUGACGUGCGGACACAGGUGAAACAGUAACCGCUCGCCCAUUACACCACCGAUCAGCCGACCGGGAAGAUAUCGAACACAACACGCAAGUGUAGACCGCGAGAGGUGGCAGAUAAUAGGAGUGGUUAAGAAGUAGGAGCCGACCAUGGGGCCUCUCAAGCAAAUGACACACUGUGGAAGCAUAAGUGCACUAUUCGCGGUGCUGCUGGUGCUGUUUGGCGUCAGCUCGUCUGCGUUGACCACCUUCGGGAAGUCGAACACGAAUCAACAGGCAGCACCAACACCUCCGCCAGUGGUAGCGAAAAGUUGCUCCAGCCAUGGCGACUGUAGCACGAUACAGAAUACGAGUUGUGUCCACGAUCCGGUCGAUGAUCGCAUGCGGUGCCUGUGCGGCGAUUUUAAGGCACCGGUUAAUGGGCUGUGCACGGCGAAGUACAAAGGACUCAGGCAUCUUUGUUCGGAAUCGGGCCAAUGCGACUACGGAAUGAUGUGCGCGGGGGAAAAUAAUACCAAACCGACGACCACCCUUGUAACGAGCAAAACGUUUCUCACCAGCAGCAUGCUGAACAGCAAUGGCAACAGCAGCUACCGGGUGUGCCUUUGUGACGAGGAAGCGGACUUUUUCGAGAACAAACAGGAGCGUCCGUUUCAUUGCAGCGGCACGGUCCGGGGCAUUGAUUCCGUGUCCGGAGCACUGCUUCCGCUGGUCAUGCUGCUGCUGCUCGGGAAGUCCAUCGCCAACCAUCCGGUCAAUCACUGGAGCACAAUUAUCUAAGAAUCCAUCAGUUUCGGCAAAGAAAUGUCCGCAAAAGAAUAUUCAUAUUUUAGAACUUACAACGGUUUUUAAAUGUUUGAGCCAUUGAGUAACAAAGCGGAACGGAGGCAAGACACAUAGAGCACCUAAAGUUUGGUCAAACUGUUUUCAUCGCGCACCAACUAUGCCUUAUUAGGAUAACGUAUAAGUUAAUAGGUGAUCAAUCACGCGGAGCGGACUAAUAACUAGUAUUGCUGUUCACAUUCGAUGCUACGUUCCGCUAGAAAUGCAACUGUUAAACAUGGUAAGCUUUUGCUGAAAACAAUACAUUAUACGGAGAAACAAACAAAACAACGAUGGGGUAGUGCUUAAACCACAGACGAAUUUUCAUAUGCAUUUUUCUCCAAAUUUAGAAAGUAACGAUUUAUAUUCUCGAAAACCAAAACAAGCUAAAUUAACAAGCAAAAUCUAACCAAAAACUAAAAACAAAACAAGGCAAUUCAUAAUUACUAGAGGGAAGCAUCUCGUUGUUUUCUUCGGCACAUAGGGUUCUUUGAUAAUGUACAUAUAAAUAAUAAAUUAAACAUUCUUAAAAUCCAAAACUCUAUCUAAACGAUCGAAUAGUAAAACAGUCGUACGGUUUAACAUAAAGCUUCUAGUUGUACGUGAUCAGACUACUGAAAAGUGUAAAAGAACGUGACUUACUUUAUUUUUCCCAAAGGCUACUAAAACUAACAUCAUCAACUUCAAAAUUGCUUCAAAAUAUUGACAAAAUGCCGUGUGAUUCUUCGGUCUAUCAAAACAGUGCAUCUAACAUGCAUGUUAUUUACAAAAGAGUCGAGUGCGCUUCAUAAUUCUUUACGACAAGUAUACAUUGCAGUAAACCGAACCAAGAUUAAAAUGU